GAGCCCGGGCGCGCGCCGCCACUGCUGGGCACCGGGACUCUCACCGGCGCCCGGCGCUGCUUCCCUGUGUCCCCCCUCCCCCUGCCCCUUUCCCAUUACUUGCUCUUUAUUUCUUCAAAUUAUGUGUUAACAUUUACUGUAUACCACUCACCAGCUAAAUCGUGGGGACAACGCAAAAAAAGGGGGGGGGACACGCCCCACCUUGCCGUCCUGGGGCUCACAGACUGAAGGAGAAAGACUUUAAUUAGAGAACCUCUGACAUACUGUUCGUGUGAGUCCUGGUAUGAGCCGCUAACGUCAUGGUGAAAUGCUGCUCGGCGAUCGGGUGUGCCUCUCGCUGUCUGCCCAACUCCAAGCUCAAAGGCCUGACUUUUCACGUAUUCCCCACAGAUGAAAAUGUAAAAAGAAAAUGGGUAUUAGCGAUGAAAAGACUUGAUGUGAAUGCUGCAGGGUAUUGGGAGCCUAAAAAGGGAGAUGUGUUGUGUUCAAGGCACUUUAAGAAGACAGAUUUUGACAGAAGUGCUCCAAAUAUUAAACUGAAACCUGGAGUCGUACCUUCUAUCUUUGAUUUCUCAACUCUCUUACAGGGGAAAAGAGAACAACUUCCUUGUAGAAAAAACUUUAUCCUCAAAACCCUUCCAGUCACAAACCACAAUCACAAGCUUGUUGGUGCUUCCACGUGUAUCGAAGAAUUUCGAUCCCAGUUCAUUUUUGAACAUAGCUACAGUGUAAUGGACAGUCCAAAGAAACUUAAGUAUAAAUUAGAUCAUGUGAUCAGCGAGCUAGAGGAUACCAAGAAAAGUCUGCGGAAUGUUUUAGACCGAGAAAAACGUUUCCAAAAAUCAUUGGGGAAGACAAUCAGGGAAUUAAAGGAGGAAUGUCUCAUCAACCAAGAAACAGCAAAUAGACUGGAAGCUUUUUGUUGGGAGUAUUGUCAGGAGAGCAUAGACUGAGACUAUAUUUCAUGAAAUAAUUUUACAUUAUGUUUAACUUAAAAUUUUUAGAAAGUAAUUCUUAUUUACCAUCAUUAAAUACUGUCUAUCAUUUAGAGUGCUUCUUUGGAUCCUCUUCAGCAUUAAGCAUUAUAGUUGUUAUCCAAAGACAGUUUUUGAAGACAUGCAGAAAUUUGUGUUAGUUGUCAUGUUUUGGUGUGACUUGUGACAAUUACGUUUUUAUAUACCUAGACUAGUGCCAGGUCGUUAUUGUAAGUUAAAAGAUCAAGAAAAUUCCUCUGGACUAAGGAAAUGACAUAUCAGCCGUGUUAAGCUAUGGUAGUAGAAACUGAGCACUUCUUCGGCAGCAGCAGAGUUUCACUUCAAAGGAAUACUUUUAUUGUUUACAUAGGUACUCUUUAUGGUAAAUACGUUCAAUUACACUUUAAAUGUAUCUUACUAUAAAGCAGAAUUUAUAACACAUGUCAUCUUGGAUCCAUUCCAAGGUGCUUUUGUUAUCAGUAAUACCAAAAGAUCUUUUUACAAGACAUCUCAUGGUACUGACCCUGAGAACAGCAUAUGGUACAGAACUUUAGGCUUUUAAAGUUGUCCAGAGACAAGUUAAGAAGACCCCUGAAGAAGGUCUGUUUUCAAUACAGUACAUUGUUCUUCCUCACUAUGAGUAAUUUGGUGUAAACCUGUGUGGCUUUAAAAAUUUCAGAAGGGGUCAUAAAUCUGAUUUUUCUAAUAGCUAGUUACUCUGACAGUUCUGAACAUUCUUUUUUUUACUGGAAUUUCAUCAUAUGCGAUAGUAGUUGGAAUUUGAGUGUCGAUUAUUUCAGUGUGUUAACUAGAAAUGAACUGCAUUUUAUGCUAAAAUGUUUGUUAUAAUUUUAUUUGUGAUAUAUUAAUAUCAAUAAGGAUAUGGUAACUUGAAUUAUUUUAUAUUUAAGAAUUCUCUGUUUUAAUGCAUGUUAUAUUUUUAUAUAGGAUUCCAAACCUUCCCCCUGAAUGGGAUUUUACCCACAUUUAACGGAUCAGCAUUAUGCUAAGAAAUCACUGAGGUCAUAUAUUUUUGCUACCUUAAAAAAAAAAAAAACUCAUUAGUUACUCAUUAUUUAUUUUAGUUAUUUAAUUUUGAAUUCAUACUGGACAUUUCAUUGGGAAGUUUGGAUAUGACCUUAGGUUUUAUAGUGAUAUGGAGAUUUUUUUCCCUCACCCUAUUUUUUAUGUAAAAACGUCAAUGAAGAGUGGAGAAAAGUACAGGGGGGCCU